AUGGCGCAGCAAAGUCAUAUCCCACUAAGAUCUGCAAACGACCUGAAGUUAGUACAAAAGUCCCUUAAUGACUUAGAGCAGUACACUAGAAGAGACUGUCUUGAGAUCCGUGGUAUUCCUCUUCCAGAGGAUUCGCGGUUGGAAGAUACUAACGACAUUCUGCUUCAGUUAAGCCAGAAGAUGGACAUUCCGUUGGAAAGAAACGAUAUAUCUGUUAGUCAUCGAAUUCGGAGUAGUAGGGCUUCAGUGGAUCCUGCCAUAAUAGUAAAGUUUGUCAGACGAGAAAUGAGGGAAAGUUUGUAUCGGUCGAGGAAAAGGCUGAAAUCUAUCACCACAGCUGACCUUGGCUUCUCUGUUGAUAAGAAGAUCUUUAUCAAUGAAAGUUUAACGCCUAAGAACAAGGAACUGUUCAAAGAUUGCUUAAAAUUCAAGAAUGACAAGAACUACAAGUUCCUGUGGACUAAUGCUGGAAAGAUCUUCUUGAGGAGGAAUGCUGACUCUCCAGUGAUACCUAUCAACUCUUUUGCUGAUAUACCACCAUCUUAAAAGAUAAGUUAUAUCCAAACUUGCAUGUUUUGUGAUGGGUGUCCUGAUAGAGUCCCUUAUCUUGACAGCUCCAAUUGUCAAACCAGCUAUGCCUCAUUACCUCGACUGGAUAUUGCUUCUCCUAUUUCCAACAUUGAGCACCUCACUAACUCAGAUAUUGACGUCCAUACGCCCUUUGACUUGAAUUUUUAAUUAUUUCAAUACACAUGAUUUUCAUGCUAAUGAAGGUAUUAUAAAUUGUCUAACUAGUAAUUCACUCUCUUUUUUGAAUUGUAAUAUCAGGAGCUUGCAGGCUAAUUUUGAUAACCUAGUUAAUAAGUUAUUUGAAUUAUAUUUCCCUAUAUCUGUAUUAGAUGUAACAGAGACAAAGUUAAAGAAUGAUCAAGAUGCUUUAGCAAAUAUUAAUUUAACUGGUUAUAACUUUUUGUCUCAACCCAGUGGUACUAAUGCUGGGGGGGUAGGCUUCUAUGUGAAGGAUAAUCUUGUAUAUGAAUGAUCAAGAUGCUUUUAAUUAGCAAAUAUUAAUUUAACUGGUUAUAACUUUUUGUCUCAACCCAGUGGUACCAAUG